AUGCCUGAUGCGGAGUUGGUGGCGUCAACUGUUGAAAAUGUUCGGGUGGUCGUUCGGGUGCGGCCGAUGGACCAGCGGGAGAAGAUCGACGGCUCUUACAACUGCGUGUCCGUGGAUCCCGUGAAUAGCACCAUCGCCGUCACCAGAAGCAACGCGUCACCGCCCGAACCCCCUCGAAUUUACGCUUACGAUGCAGUUUUCGACACCAAUACCAGCCAGAUGGACAUCUACGUGCAGACCGCCAGCCCCAUCGUCGAGCAGGUGGUGCGCGGCUACAACGGCACCAUAUUCGCGUACGGCCAGACCGGCACCGGCAAGACCUACACCAUGGCCGGCUCCAACACGGCCCCGGAGCUGCGCGGCAUAAUACCCAACUCCUUCGCCCACAUCUUCAGCCACAUAGCGCAGGCGAAGGAGGACGAGAAGUUCCUGGUAUGCGUGACAUACCUGGAGAUCUAUAACGAGGAGGUGCGCGAUCUCCUGGGCAACAAUCCGCACCGGAGUCUCGAGGUGAAAGAGCGCCCUGACAUCGGGGUGUUCGUCAAGGACCUGACAGGCUACGUGGUGCACAACGCGGACGAGCUGGAGAAGAUAAUGGCGGUGGGCAACCGGAACCGGCACAUCGGCGCCACGGCGAUGAACAUCGAGAGUUCCAGGUCCCACGCGAUCUUCUCCAUCACGGUGGAGAGCAGCAAGAAGGGCGCCGAUGGCAAGACCCACGUCAAGAUGGGCAAGCUCCAUCUGGUCGACUUAGCGGGUUCUGAGCGUCAGAGCAAGACUCAGGCGACCGGCACCCGCCUGAAGGAGGCCACGAAGAUCAACCAGUCGCUGUCGGUCCUGGGCAACGUGAUAUCGGCGCUGGUCGACGGCAAGUCCACCCACAUACCGUACAGGAACUCGAAGCUGACGCGGCUGCUGCAGGACUCGCUCGGCGGCAACUCCAAGACCGUCAUGAUCGCGACCAUCGGCCCUGCCGAGUGCAACUACGUGGAGACUAUCAGCACACUGCGCUACGCGAACCGGGCGAAGAACAUCGAGAACAAGACGCACGUGAACAGCGAGCCGGGAGAUGCGCUCCUCACCAGAUUCCAGCAAGAGAUUGACCAACUGAAGAAGCAACUCGAAGAGACCGCUAAUGAGAUCGAGGAAGAGGGUGAGGAGGAACCCAGCGAGGAGGAGUUGACAGACGAAACCCUAACAGAUCCCGAGCUCGACGCGCUCGACCCUGAAGAGAAGAAGAUACGCCGCAAGAUGAGAAGAGAGGAGAAGGAGAAGCUGAACAGGGAGAAGGCGCACCAAGCGCGGAAGGUUCUAGAAGAAAAGAAAGCCGAGCUGCAGAGGACUAAGAAGCAACAGGAGGAGUUGAAGGAGAAGUUGCAGCGGCUGGAGUCGAAGGUGCUGGUGGGGGGGGAGAACCUGCUGGACAAGGCGGAGGCCCAGCGGCGGCUGCUGGAGCAGGCCGCCAGGGAGCUGGAGCAGAGGCGCCUGAACGAGCUUCGCUUGCAGGAGGACCUCAUGAAGAAGGAGGCGGAGCGUCUGGACCUUGAGGAGCGCUACUCCAGCCUGCAGGAGGAGAACGCCGCGAAGACCCGGAAGCUGAAGCGGGCGGUGCAACUCCUCAACUCGGCCAAGGCGGAGCUGGCCGACCAGCAGCGGGAGCAGCAGCGCGAGAUGGAGGGCAUCCUGGACGGAGUGCGGGCUCUGAAGCGCGAGAUCCAGCUCGCAGACCUGGUGCUCGACUCCUACAUACCCAAGGAGUACCAGGCGCUGAUCGACAAGUACGUGCACUGGAACGAGCAGCUGGGCGAGUGGCAGGUCAAGUGCGUCGCGUACACCGGCAACAACAUGAGCGCGCCCCACCAGCGCAGCGCUCAGCGCGCGCACAAGCACUUGGAGCCACCGGACCUGUCGGACCGCUACCUGUCCUACUCCACGGCGGGCGGCACCCGCCCCGGCACCAGGCUCGCCCGCCCCCAGUCGGCGGUGCCGCGCCCCCACUCCGUCGCUCUAAGGCAGCGCCAG